AUGCAGACUGCUUUUACAAACAUUUGUGAAAGAAUGGGUCAGUCUCAGGAGCUCAGUGAAUUCAAGUGUGGUACUGUAAUAGGUUGCCACCUGUGCAAUAAGUCCAUCCGUGAAAUUUCCUUGCUACUAAAUAUUCCACAGUCAACUGUUAGUGGCAUUAGAACAAAGUGGAAGAGACUGGGAACAGCAGCAACUCAGCCACAAAGUGAGCAGGGUCAGACCAUGCUGAAGCACACACUGCGUAGAAGUCGCCAACUGUCUGCAGAGUCAAUAGCUAAAGACCUCCAAACCUCAUGUGGCCUUCAGAUUAGCACAACAACAGUGCGUAGAGAGCUUCAUAGAAUGGGUUUCCAUGGCUGA